UCUAACACACACAGUCCCAAACCUGACUUUCAAGCAUUCGGAUCCCCAGUAGGAGAUUGGGACUAUCUGAAAACCUACGUUUAAAACAUCCUCCAGACUUCAGCUUUGCCUUAUAUCGUCCGGACUAUACUUUUUUUCCCCUUCUGCCCAACAAGCAAGACGCUGGAGAAGUGGACUGGUUCUCCUGCCUGUUCCUGCGCCGUCCAUCAAAUCCCACCGGCUUUAUUUUUAAAAUAUUGAUUGCAUUUGUGUGAAUUUGUUGGUGCAGAUCCAAUCGGAUGUUUUAAGGAUCCGGAAAGCUGUAUAUGGAAGUUGUGGGGUGCAAGGCGAAAGAAAGCAGUUGCACAUUGCGUCCAGCAGCCAUGCUUUUCCACGGCAUCUCUGGGGAUCAUAUUCAAGGGAUCAUGGAGGAGAUGGAGAGGAGAUCUAAAACGGAGUCUCGUCUGGCUAAAACCGUUCAGAUGAACGGACGAGAAACGACGAUGCCCUCCAUGAGCCCAGAGAAGCCUGCGCUGUGCGCCGGCUGCGGUGGGAAAAUCUCCGACAGAUACUACUUACUCGCCGUUGAUAAACAGUGGCAUUUAAGGUGUCUCAAGUGUUGUGAAUGUAAACUGGCCCUUGAAUCCGAGCUGACGUGUUUCGCGAAGGAUGGCAGCAUUUACUGCAAAGAGGAUUACUACAGAAGGUUCUCCGUGCAGAGAUGUGCCCGCUGCCACCUCGGCAUCUCCGCUUCGGAAAUGGUGAUGCGCGCCAGGGACUCCGUGUACCAUCUGAGCUGCUUCACCUGCACCACAUGCAACAAAACACUGACCACGGGUGACCAUUUCGGCAUGAAAGACAACUUGGUUUACUGCCGGGUUCACUUUGAGACCCUUAUUCAGGGAGAGUAUCACCCUCAAUUAAACUACGCUGAAUUAGCGGCCAAAGGCGGAGGGCUAGCGCUGCCUUACUUCAAUGGCACCGGCACAGUGCAAAAAGGGAGGCCGCGGAAGAGGAAGAGCCCGGCGAUGGGGAUAGACAUCGGCUCUUACAACUCAGGUUGUAACGAGAACGAAGCGGACCAUUUGGAUCGAGAUCAGCAACCCUACCCUCCAUCCCAGAAGACCAAGCGCAUGCGUACAUCGUUCAAACACCAUCAGCUUCGCACCAUGAAGUCCUACUUCGCCAUAAACCACAACCCCGAUGCCAAGGACUUAAAACAGCUCGCCCAAAAGACAGGACUGACCAAAAGAGUUCUUCAGGUUUGGUUCCAAAACGCACGGGCCAAAUUCAGAAGGAACGUUUUGCGGCAGGAGAAUGGGGGUGUUGAUAAGGCCGACGGCACGUCACUUCCGCCGCCCUCUUCCGACAGCGGUGCUCUGACCCCACCCAGCACGGCCACCACACUAACUGACCUGACCAAUCCCUCAAUCACCGUAGUAACAUCAGUGACCUCUAGUUUGGACAGCCACGAACCGGGAGCCCCCCCACAAACUACCUUGACAAACCUUUUCUAACACGGAUUUGCUCUUUUUUUUUUUUUUUUUUGUCUCUACCCCAUUUAUUUCCAGAUUCUAUUUUUGUUUUCCACAAAAAAAC